UAAUAUUAGCCAAACAUUCAAAAAGCUAUUCGCAAAAAGUUUGGGUUUAGAUAUAGAAACUUUGAAAACGUAUAAGGAUCUUAACUUUUUUGAAUUGGGAGGCACAUCGUUCAUUUUUAUACAAUUUCUGAACGAAUUAGAAAAUAUGCUUCAUAUAAAGAUCUCGGAAGAAUUGCACAAGCUUAUUCUUAAUUCAUCUUUUUAUCAGUCAUUUAAUUAUGUUGAAAACAAUUUUUCUCGUUUAUAUAAACGUAAAUUAAGUGCAACUGAAAGUACAUCCGGUGAAAAUAAUCGUUUUAAAGUCUUAAAAAAGAAUGGAAAUGUAGAAUUGAAGUUAAAAUGGUACUACGAUUUAAAGGGUUGCAUAAACACUUCACCCAUGGUUAUUAAAUACAAAAAUCAAUAUCUAGUUUUGUGUGUCAGUUUUUAUCAAGUUUUUGCCGUCAUAAACUUCGAUACAGGUCAAAUGAUGUCGGAAAUGAUUUUUCCUGAGCCAGUCCAGGGAGGUAUUUGUGUAGGAGAUUUCGGAAAAGCUUACGUGGGAUGUUUGAAUGGCAGUAUGUAUUGUGUAGAUAUCACAAAUUGUCAGAAGAUUUGGAGCUUUAGAACCAAUGGCAUCAUAAAAAGUAGACCAUGUUUUUGUCUUGGAAGGAAAGCAAUUGUAUUUGGAUCAUAUGAUGGAUAUGCAUACUGCAUUUCUACAGAUGGUGGGAAUUUAAUAUGGAAACAUAAUGUUGGUUUUUCAAUAUCAGUAAAUCCGGUAUAUAAUGUUAAACUAAAAACAGUUUAUUUGGCGUCUUCGAAUAAAAUUUGCUUCUGCUUGAGUGAAAGUGAUGGCAAAAUGUUGUGGAAGUAUUCAGUAAAUUCCCCUGUAAUGGGUUCACCCUGCAGUUUUGAAAAAUUGGGUCAUGAUGAUUGUAUUUUAUGGCCUGAAGUUGAAGGAGUCGUUCAUUGUACCAAAUGUACAACAGGAGAUUUGGUAUGGACUUAUAAGGCCCAAAAUCAAAUCUAUUCUUCUAUAACAACUUUUGAGAAUUAUUUUUUGUUUGGUUGUAAAGAUAAAAACGUUUAUAGUGUUCUUGUAGCUGAUGAUAAUAAGAGUUGCUCUCUAUCAUUCAAAAUAUGUCUGAAUUGUGAAAUAUCUUCGACACCCUGUAUAUUCAAAUAUGAAGAAAACACUUAUAUAUUUGCUGUUACGAACGGUGGAGUAGUUUUUCUGAUAGAUUUCUUUGAACAAAAAGUAUUACAAGAAAUUAAAAUGAAUGAUGAAAUAUUUUGCUCACCGAUUAUGUAUGAUAAUAGAAUUUUAUUUGGAUGUAAUGAUAAUAAUUUAUAUUGUUUUUCAAUUGGAAAUGGUUGAAAAAUAGGGGCAAAAAGCGUCUGCAUGAAAGCAUAACAAAAAGAACUGAAAACUUCAGAUUUUCAGUAUACUUGGAAUUUCUAUAUUUUAUAAGUAUUUACCCCAAGAGUACAAGAAAUAUAUUCUGCUGGAACCCGAUGUAUUUUGUUUAUAAGCAAUAUACAUUUUUAUUAAACAAAUAGAAAAAUGUCCUAUUCUUUAUUUUGGAAGAAGGCAUUAAAAUAAAAAAUAACCAAUAUAUUUACGAAGCUUUUAUUUUUAUCCCAGAUUCACGACAAUUGUUUUAAAUAUCGGUAAAACCUUAAUACCAUCACCGAGGAGAGACAUGUGCAUAUAGACGCCCUUCAUAAGAAAAAAAAAA